UCUUUACUUGAAAACGCCUUCGACGUCAGCCGUACCGAUACUUGAAGGAAACUCUCACCUGGCAUGCUGGAAGAGGACGAGCACUGACGAAAGGGAGUAAUGUCCGCUUCUGGAGAAAAAGAAAAAAACUUUCCCACGAUGACAAAGUCAUGACACAGUGUGAACUCGCUGAGUGACCUGUUUAAGGAACCGCUGCCUUUCAGAACCACAGCUGGGACGUUUGAGGCCCCGCGGGAGAGUAGUUUCAUUAUUGGAAAUUAUAACAAAUACGCACUUCCGGGUUCAGGCUUCACACAAGCCAAAAAAGAAAUUACUCGUUUGCCUCUGGGAGUUGGAAAUCGGCAUGGCCACGGAGCUGGAGACGUUCAAGACGAAUGGGAACCACGGAGCAUAUUUGUCUAAAGAACAGGAAGUAGAAGGGAAUGGCGAUGGUGUGGCCCACAGGACCCCUCCUGCAACAGAGGGAGAUGUUUUGCUUUCUGUAGAGCAGACUACCGAAUGUAAUGGAGAGACGAGGCCCAUGAGCCAUGCAGCAGAAACUCAGAGGAAACAGAUUAGCGCUGCGUGCAGGAUAAAGAGAGAGCUGAAUAAGGUCGUCUUCUGGAAAGUCAGACUAUGGAUGGUCAUCAGCAUCAUCAUCUUUGUCCUUAUCCCUGCUGUGAUUUUAAUUUCCCUGUUCAUUUGCUCAGCAGUCCACGAGGACGUGGAUGACAACUUUGACCCUUCGUUGUUUAAAGUUCCUCUACAUUUCAAUGGAAGCUUCCAACUGCCCAAUCUGGUCUUCACAGAGGAUCAUCUCGCCCUUUCCUCCAAUGAAAGCCAAGCACUCGCUCCUAACUUAGAAGAAAAGCUUGCUGACCUCUACAGAUCCUCCCCUGCACUGGGACGAUACUUCUCCAAAGCUGAGAUAUAUGCUUUCAGAAACGGCUCAGUCAUCGCUGACUACCAGCUGACGUUUCUCAUGCCUGAAGAACAGCAGGAUCUGCUGAAAAACUUUACUCUGAGCAGGGAAAUGGUGUAUAAUGUGUUCAGGCAGUUUCUGUAUGACCAGGAGCUGGAUAAGUCGGAGAAGAUGUACAUUGAUCCAGUUUCCCUAAAAUGUUUUUAAGGCAUUAAGGACAAGUGUUCACAAACAGACUUGAAAAUUAGUGUAUCUUGGUUUGAGACAAUGAGCAAACCACAAGCCUACAGUAAGGUGCAUGUUUGUAUGAUUUGUCAGACUUCUGUGUGAUUCUCCCGUGAGUCUGUAGAAAUUUUGCAUAUCAUGCAUCUUUACCACAGGAAACGACAUGAUCACAGUCACACAAACCCAUCAUGACUAUAGGUCAUAUGGAGGAUCUUGGCUUUUACUGUUCCCAAUAAGAAUGAGUCAACAGUGUGGGUCAGGUAAACUGACUUACUGUCAAACUGAGUGGUUUAUCUCACAAUAGCAUGCCAACAAAAAGCAAGACUUUGCUGAUUUCAUGACAAUUUUUCAUAUUUGAGAUUGUGUAUUAUUGUGCCUUGUUUAACUGCAAGUUUAUUACGUGUAUGAGUAUUGGUAUAAAUGUCAAUGCUGUAAUUAUUUAUAUUCAUUCCUUGCCUAUCACUGUGAUACAUGCAUGACUGUUUGUACAAAACCUGUGGCUGAAUAAGUGUUUUUGAUGGAAAUACAAGUGUUUAUAUUUGCAUGUCUGUGCCAUUAUUGUUCGUCUCUUAAUACAUGUAAUUUGCAAGCCAAAACUGCAGAGCACUCUUAAAACACACACACUGCAGGAAAAUCAGCUUUGCUUUGUUUGACACAUACUCCUUGAGUCCGUUUUCCUCCUCAUUUAAUCUUUCUGAUCAUCUUUGUGAUUGGCCAGUAGGGGGAGUGCAUGUCCCACAUGCAAGUGAACAGGAGGUGUUUCCUUUGUUUGUUUGAUAUUUUCUUCUUGAGUUGUGGCAGUAGUGGGUUGUUGCAUUUAAUAGCACUGGUGGUGCAUAACAUGUUUUAACUAGAACUGUCAGCAUGUCAGAUUGCAGUUUGUUUCCUGAUAGUGAUCAUGUCAACCAGUCUGUCCUCUAAUAAGAUUACAGCUGUGCAUAAUGAUUAUGUCAUAUUAUCUGGUCACAGUCAUUCUUCCACUUCAGUUGGUUGCACUGGGUACAAGACUUAAUGAGAAUAGCUGAUACUUCAGACAACUAAGACACUAAUUGCCAUGUAGAGUUUUUUUUAAUGAGUUCAUUUUUUGUGAUAAGAUCAUAUCUGAUUAAGGUUGAUGGUGAUGGUUUGAUCAAGAUAAUCAUGUAAGAUAAAAUGUGUAUGGCCUAUAUUUUUUCAAAUAAAGGAAGAUUUUUACAGA